GGGAGACGAGCAAUCUACUCUUCCUCUAACAAAACGUUAACACUUACUUCUUACUUAUGACAAAAUGAUGGGUUAGGGGAGGGGUGGGUAGGCAGAUUAGAAGAUCCCUGAAUUUUCGGUUGAGUGUCAAAGAGGUUUUUGAAGCCACUGCCCCGGGAGAUCUUUGACCUGCCUCAAAGACUGAAUCCAUCCAUCUUUUGAUCAGCGUUGCAUUGCUGAUCCUUUUCUACGCCAAGAUGCGACUCAUUUUCGCUGUUGUUUGUCCAAGUUGUCCUUGCAAGGUUUAUUUUCCCAGUGGAAAUAAAGUCUGCCUUACUGAGCACCAGGGGUCGAAUAUCAGAAACAUUGACGACGGUGGAAGAGCAGAAUCGCCAUGAAAAAGGUGUAUAGACUGACGUAGUGUAUAUAUAAUAGUUGUCCUCAGUAAGAACAGCCUCCUACCCUCGGCUAGAUCAUUCAUUGGCACAGAAGCAAGGAUGUUGGUAUUUUAAGUGUGUCUUUUAAGCAGCUCGAAGUUCUGUUUCGGGUCGUUUUUAGGUGCGAUGGAAUGCGGUGCUGACCAAGUGGAUCACGGGUUCAGAGGAUGGUACUAUUCGUAUUUGGGUAUGUGAUGAUUUUUACAGCAAGAAACCGAUAUCUCCCAUUUAGUGAAUCAAUAAGCUGGCUAUUUGCUGACAUCUCAUGACGUCAUACAAAAGACUGAACAGACAUAGCCUGCAAAACAGCCCCUAUUUUUGCGUACGUGAAGAACGCCAACGCGAUCAAGCUAAAGUCCUGUAGCGAAGAUGAAGAUGGAGAGUGAGAUUAAGGAGAGAAACAUCAAGCCUUGAAAAACCAAUUUUAAGUUUGAGAAAGAAAACCGAAUGUCUCUUUCUUUCAGUUGAAGUCUAGAAAAGACACUGAAAAAAAAAAAACAAACAAACGAUACUCACCAUCCAAGAACAAAAACUAACUGACGAAGGUUUCUGCGACACCAAAUUUCCCGGUGGCCGGCACCCGUUUUUACUACUAACUUGUUUCAAAUCCACUCACGACAGAGAGCAGACGGAAUGGCCUGCGAUCUAGUUCUCAGUGCCCAAGGAGCAGUGUCGGCACUUUGCAUCGACCAGGUGAACGGUUGCAUUGUAGCAGGAGUGCAAGAAAUUAUUAGGUGAGAAGAGACGCCGUAUUUACGAGGCGUAUAACGUGUUCUCAGACCUCCGUGAGUCCAAUGUGGUCACUCAAGACGUUUAACCAAUCAGAAUGCGAUACCAGUGCGUGUAGCCACUGUUGAUCACGGGAAUAAGCUCGGGUUCAAGGAAGUCUCGAUUGGUUUUGUGUUUUCUUCUGAUUGAUGGAGAAAGUGCCUUGAGAUUAUUUAGCUAUCACAAUGGCCCAAACUUUUUGCGUAGUUCCCACUUUUGUGUCUUUUACACACUUUUCAUUUCCGCUCGAACUCAAUUAUCGCACAGGAAAUAAGAAUCUUUAAACAGUCUCUUGUUUCCCGACUGGUCAUUGUGAGAUUGUACGGAGACAACCUCGUUUCCACGGUUCUCUGUUACUCGUUCCUACAGGGAAGAGUAGAAGAAGAAGAACCCUGGGAACGAUUAUGAAAUUGGGGCGAUUUUGUUCCCAAUUACACCAUGGGCUUAUCUGGUCGUGCAAUCGCUUAUUUGGUCAGCUACUACAAAGUUGAGCAGAACCUAGGUCCAAAUCCGUCCCCUAAAAACCGUCCCAUCGGGCAAUUCGGCUCAACAACGACCCAGUCUCGCGUGCAACCUUUAAGUAGCCAAUCAUUUUUUACAUUUUGGCGGAAAUUAAGAGAUAAGAUGGCUGCUGACUUGUCACCAGUCAUCUUCGCGUGACGAGCACGGCGAGGGCAGAGGGUGGUGGGAAGGGAGAAGAUAAGUCUCUCUCGAUCUCCCGCGCUUUCCUCCUUCCCAUCACACCCCGCGCACCACUUGGGAGAGGCUGUAAGAGUCGACUGGAGACGAGUCAGAGAUGGCUGGUGGUAAAAUUAAUUUUUUUUGUUUUAUUUUGUGUUUCUUAUUCCUUCCUUUUUGUCUGGAUGUUUUGACUCUGUAGAGAGAAAUGUCAUUUACUGAAUAUUUUUUCGUUCCCUAGAGUAUAUGAUCCAGAAAGCCGUAAAAUCGUUCAGAAGAAUCUUGGGCACAAUGAUUCCGUACGCUGCAUUAUUCACAUUCCCGAGAGGAGUCAGGUAUUACUAUAAAAUAAUUCAUUUGUUUGUUUAUUUGUUUUUUUGUGUGUGUGCUUUGGUUUGCGAGGGAAAACUGAGCGAGUAAAAACAUAAAUACCAAGCAGAAGGAGUAAGAGUAUCGGAUAAUGAUUUCGAUAUCGGUAACGGGUAUUGAAAAAAUCGGGAAAGGGUAUCCUACGUUUAAACUAUUCUUAGUGUUUGUUUUUAAGAGUAUGAAAAAUUGAUCUAUCCUGCGAGCAGAGUCUGCUUGCAGGGUAAAAUUGAUCUCAAUUUUUUCGAUAUUUGGGUCGUUUAUCGUAAAAAAUAUCAUGAGAGAGUAUUAUCUCGUGUAAACAAGUGUUCUUUGUUUGUUUCUUUAUUUGCCAUAGUAUGUUUCUGCUUCGUGGGAUAAGACAGUUCGAAUUUGGAACGCGUACAAGAAAUGUAAGAUAGUAGCUGUUAAUUUUUGUGCUUUAUUAUGAAUUAUAUUUUCUGAAAGUUAACUUACACGUGCACAUUGUUCACAAUUUCAUUUUCUUCAUUUUAUUUUUAGCUCGCAAAAAACCUGCGAAAGAGACGACCGAAUUUGCUGACUCCUGAUGUGGAUGGCUCAGUUAUAUAAGAAUGGCUAGAAACAUAAUAUUUACCUGCCUACAGUGGAGUUCUAAAAUAUCAGAAAC